AUUCGGACGAAGCGAGCAGCACUGCAGGACACCCUGCAAUGACCAGGGCGGCGAGUCGGGCUCACCUCCCUCGUCCGUGUGUCCGGUCCGAUGAUGUCGAGAUGUCUCACAACUGCCACACCACGGAAAUCAUCAUGUAUACAGGCUGAAUCACCCUAGUCGCGUGCGACUAGGGUGAUUCGGCUGUCGAACUUUGAGUUUUCGAAUCACCCAAUCCACAUAAAGCACCCCCUCUGUCGGAAUCCUUAGUCGCGGGUGACUAAGGAUGAGAGUAUGAGUGGCUGGCUGAGGGCCGAAGGCAGCACCCCCUCUGUCGGAAUCCUUAGUCGCGGGUGACUAAGGAUGAGAGUAUGAGUGGCUGGCUGGCUGAGGGCCGAAAGAAGCACCCCCUCUGUCGAAAUCCUUGGUCGCGGCCGACUACGGAUCAGUCUGUGGAAGCUGGCGUCCUGUCUCGAUGACGCUUGAAUCACACACGACACAUACAUGGAUUCCACCCUGCCUGCUCUCUGUCUGUGUCCUUCAUCAGUGGCUGACUGACAGAGCUGCUAGGGAAACGUGUCUCGUGCGUGCUCUGCGUACCCAUGGUCUUGUUCCUGAGGUCUGCAUCGAUGCUGCUCAAGAGCUUGACCUUCAGAUUGCACGCCUCCUCCAGCAGCUGCAGGAACAGCUUGUCGUCCGGUCCUCGCUUGAUGAUCAGGUUGUGUAGUGUGACGAACAACGCCGUGAGGAUGAGCUGGCCAUCCCAAACCUGCAGAACAUUGACAGGAUGAGUGCAGCAUUCGUCAUGGCCACCAUCCCGUCCCCUUCACAGGUCUCUCACUUGAAUGGACUUGAUGCAGUCCUCUUGAAGGGCGUCGGGCAUUGCUCGGAUGAUGGUGAUGUCCGCCUCCAUCCACAACCACCCGAGCCCGAGCUCCCCGUUCUUCCAUCCAUCCGCGCCAUCGUGCCAUUCGCUUGGAUGCUGCACGAUCCUUACGAUAAACUCGUUGACUCUGGCGCCCCUGCGAGGACGCCAGGUGUCUGAAACAGGGCAAGGCAAGAGGAACAAGGGUGUAGAUGGCGGUAAAGACCGCAUGCGUCCUUCUUACCGUGCAUGGACAGGUUCAUGGCGCUCACGAUUCCCUCUACGUCAUUCCCGCAGCGCAUGACCUCCCUGGUCAAGUUUGCGAUGCCGCGCUGCAGUUUGCCUCCGAAGGCCUCCUCGUCCACUGCGAGGAGGCCCUUCUGGACGGCAAUGCAGUGCAGCGCACGGAGGAAGGCCUUGUUGUCGGCGACGUUGAUGACAUCCGAUCCCUCUUCGACAGGCGACUUGAAGCCUUGGAGGCGAUAAUCAACGCUCGUUGGAUGCUGCAUCAUGAUGAUGAUGGGC